AUUCUUUCCCUUUCUCAUUUUUCUCUCUACUCUCCACGCUUCUCUUUCCUCCUUCCUCAUUUCCCUUUUCUUUCCUUUUUUUUUUUCUUUUUCUUUUCUUUUCUAGUUGGGGUUUAGAACCCAUAUUGGGAUUGGGGUGAAGAAGAAAAGAGAAAAUGCUGAGAACACCACUCCCAGUUGCAUCGUCUUCUUCUUUGACAUGUUGUCUUUCAGUUUGCAGACCUUCAAUGCGGUUGCCGUCUCCGAACUUCUCUUCUAUUCUCAUCAAUGGCGACAAUACCAGUGCCUCCAACAAUAACAAUCCUUCUCAAAGACUCGCUGUCUUUCAAUUUGGCACUGGUUAACAUGCCAACUGGGCACUUUCGUGACGGAAGGACCACUUGGGUUCUAAAAAAAUAAAGUUUAAGGACAGUU